AUGUUUGUCUCUACUCUGCCCUCAUGCUCGCCUCUACUCUGCCCUCAUGCUCGCCUGUACUCUGCCCUCAUGCUCGCCUCUACUCUGCCCUCAUGCUCGCCUCUACUCUGCCCUCAUGCUCGCCUGUACUCUGCCCUCAUGCUCGCCUCUACUCUGCCCUCAUGCUCGCUUGUAUUAUUUUCUCAUGCUCGCCUCUACUCUGCCCUCAUGCUCGCCUCUACUCUGCCCUCAUGCUCGCCUCUACUCUGCCCUCAUGCUCGCCUCUACUCUGCCCUCAUGCUCGCCUCUACUCUGCCCUCAUGCUCGCCUCUACUCUGCCCUCAUGCUCGCCUCUACUCUGCCCUCAUGCUCGCCUCUACUCUGCCCUCAUGCUCGCCUCUACUCUGCCCUCAUGCUCGCCUGUACUCUGCCCUCAUGCUCGCCUCUACUCUGCCCUCAUGCUCGCCUCUACUCUGCCCUCAUGCUCGCUUGUAUUAUUUUCUCAUGCUCGCCUCUACUCUGCCCUCAUGCUCGCCUCUACUCUGCCCUCAUGCUCGCCUCUACUCUGCCCUCAUGCUCGCCUGUACUCUGCCCUCAUGCUCGCCUCUACUCUGCCCUCAUGCUCGCCUCUACUCUGCCCUCAUGCUCGACUGUACUCUGCCCUCAUGCUCGCCUCUACUCUGCCCUCAUGCUCGCCUCUACUCUGCCCUCAUGCUCACCUCUACUCUGCCCUCAUGCUCGCCUCUACUCUGCCCUCAUGCUCGCCUGUAUUAUUUUCUCAUGCUCGCCUCUACUCUGCCCUCAUGCUCGCCUCUACUCUGCCCUCAUGCUCGCCUCUACUCUGCCCUCAUGCUCGCCUCUACUCUGCCCUCAUGCUCGCCUGUAUUAUUUUCUCAUGCUCGCCUCUACUCUGCCCUCAUGCUCGCCUCUACUCUGCCCUCAUGCUCGCCUGUACUCUGCCCUCAUGCUCGCCUCUACUCUGCCCUCAUGCUCGCCUCUACUCUGCCCUCAUGCUCGCCUCUACUCUGCCCUCAUGCUCGUCUCUACUCUGCCCUCAUGCUCGUCUCUACUCUGCCCUCAUGCUCGCCUGUACUCUGCCCUCAUGCUCGCCUGUACUCUGCCCUCAUGCUCGCCUCUACUCUGCCCUCAUGCUCGCCUGUACUCUGCCCUCAUGCUCGUCUGUACUCUGCCCUCAUGCUCGCCUCUACUCUGCCCUCAUGCUCGCCUCUACUCUGCCCUCAUGCUCGCCUCUACUCUGCCCUCAUGCUCGCCUCUACUCUGCCCUCAUGCUCGCCUGUAUUAUUUUCUCAUGCUCGCCUGUACUCUGCCCUCAUGCUCGCCUCUACUCUGCCCUCAUGUUUGUCUCUACUCUGCCCUCAUGCUCGCCUCUACUCUGCCCUCAUGCUCGCCUGUACUCUGCCCUCAUGCUCGCCUCUACUCUGCCCUCAUGCUCGCCUCUACUCUGCCCUCAUGCUCGCCUGUACUCUGCCCUCAUGCUCGCCUCUACUCUGCCCUCAUGCUCGCCUGUACUCUGCCCUCAUGCUCGCCUCUACUCUGCCCUCAUGCUCGUCUCUACUCUGCCCUCAUGCUCGUCUCUACUCUGCCCUCAUGCUCGCCUGUACUCUGCCCUCAUGCUCGCCUGUACUCUGCCCUCAUGCUCGCCUCUACUCUGCCCUCAUGCCCGCCUGUACUCUGCCUUCAUGCUCGCCUCUACUCUGCCCUCAUGCUCGCCUCUACUCUGCCCUCAUGCUCGCCUCUACUCUGCCCUCAUGCUCGCCUCUACUCUGCCCUCAUGCUCGCCUCUACUCUGCCCUCAUGCUCGCCUGUAUUAUUUUCUCAUGCUCGCCUGUACUCUGCCCUCAUGCUCGCCUCUACUCUGCCCUCAUGUUUGUCUCUACUCUGCCCUCAUGCUCGCCUCUACUCUGCCCUCAUGCUCGCCUGUACUCUGCCCUCAUGCUCGCCUCUACUCUGCCCUCAUGCUCGCCUCUACUCUGCCCUCAUGCUCGCCUGUACUCUGCCCUCAUGCUCGCCUCUACUCUGCCCUCAUGCUCGCCUGUACUCUGCCCUCAUGCUCGCCUCUACUCUGCCCUCAUGCUCGCCUGUACUCUGCCCUCAUGCUCGCCUCUACUCUGCCCUCAUGCUCGCCUCUACUCUGCCCUCAUGCUCGCCUGUACUCUGCCCUCAUGCUCGCCUCUACUCUGCCCUCAUGCUCGCCUCUACUCUGUCCUCAUGCUCGCCUCUACUCUGCCCUCAUGCUCGCUUGUAUUAUUUUCUCAUGCUCGCCUCUACUCUGCCCUCAUGCUCGCCUCUACUCUGCCCUCAUGCUCGCCUCUACUCUGCCCUCAUGCUCGCCUCUACUCUGCCCUCAUGCUCGCCUCUACUCUGCCCUCAUGCUCGCCUGUACUCUACCCUCAUGCUCGCCUGUACUCUGCCCUCAUGCUCGCCUCUACUCUGCCCUCAUGCUCGCCUCUACUCUGCCCUCAUGCUCGCCUCUACUCUGCCCUCAUGCUCGCCUCUACUCUGCCCUCAUGCUCGCCUCUACUCUGCCCUCGUGCUCGCCUCAUGCUCGCCUCUACUCUGCCCUCAUGCUCGCGUGUACUCUGCCCUCAUGCUCGCCUCUACUCUGCCCUCAUGCUCGCCUGUACUCUACCCUCAUGCUCGCCUCUACUCUGCCCGCAUGCUCGCCUCUACUCUGCCCUCAUGCUCGCCUAUACUCUGCCCUCAUGCUCGCCUCUACUCUGCCCUCAUGCUCGCCUCUACUCUGCCCUCAUGCUCGCCUGUACUCUGCCCUCAUGCUCGCCUCUACUCUGCCCUCAUGCUCGCCUCUACUCUGCCCUCAUGCUCGCUUGUAUUAUUUUCUCAUGCUCGCCUCUACUCUGCCCUCAUGCUCGCCUCUCCUCUGCCCUCAUGCUCGCCUCUGCUCUGCCCUCAUGCUCGCCUGUACUCUGCCCUCAUGCUCGCCUCUACUCUGCCCUCAUGCUCGCCUCUACUCUGCCCUCAUGCUCGCCUCUACUCUGCCCUCAUGCUCGCCUCUACUCUGCCCUCAUGCUCGCCUCUACUCUGCCCUCAUGCUCGCCUGUACUCUGCCCUCAUGCUCGCCUGUACUCUGCCCUCAUCCUCGCCUCUACUCUGCCCUCAUGCUCGCCUGUACUCUGCCCUCAUGCUCGCCUCUACUCUGCCCUCAUGCUCGCCUCUACUCUGCCCUCAUGCUCGCCUGUACUCUGCCCUCAUGCUCGCCUCUACUCUGCCCUCAUGCUCGCCUCUACUCUGCCCUCAUGCUCGCUUGUAUUAUUUUCUCAUGCUCGCCUCUACUCUGCCCUCAUGCUCGCCUCUACUCUGCCCUCAUGCUCGCCUCUACUCUGCCCUCAUGCUCGCCUCUACUCUGCCCUCAUGCUCGCUUGUAUUAUUUUCUCAUGCUCGCCUCUACUCUGCCCUCAUGCUCGCCUCUACUCUGCCCUCAUGCUCGCCUCUACUCUGCCCUCAUGCUCGCCUCUACUCUGCCCUCAUGCUCGCCUCUACUCUGCCCUCAUGCUCGCCUCUACUCUGCCCUCAUGCUCGCCUCUACUCUGCCCUCAUGCUCGCCUGUACUCUGCCCUCAUCCUCGCCUCUACUCUGCCCUCAUGCUCGCCUGUACUCUGCCCUCAUGCUCGCCUCUACUCUGCCCUCAUGCUCGCCUGUACUCUGCCCUCAUGCUCGCCUCUACUCUGCCCUCAUGCUCGCCUCUACUCUGCCCUCAUGCUCGCCUCUACUCUGCGGCGCUCGCCUGUACUCUGCCCUCAUGCUCGCCUCUACUCUGCCCUCAUGCUCGCCUCUACUCUGCCCUCAUGCUCGCCUCUACUCUGCCCUCAUGCUCGCCUCUACUCUGCCCUCAUGCUCGCCUCUACUCUGCCCUCAUGCUCGCCUCUACUCUGCCCUCAUGCUCGCCUCUACUCUGCCCUCAUGCUCGCCUCUACUCUGCCCUCAUGCUCGCCUCUACUCUGCCCUCAUGCUCGCCUCUACUCUGCCCUCAUGCUCGCCUCUACUCUGCCCUCAUGCUCGCCUCUACUCUGCCCUCAUGCUCGCCUCUACUCUGCCCUCAUGCUCGCCUCUACUCUGCCCUCAUGCUCGCCUGUACUCUGCCCUCAUGCUCGCCUGUACUCUGCCCUCAUCUUCGCCUCUACUCUGCCCUCAUGCUCGCCUGUACUCUGCCCUCAUGCUCGCCUCUACUCUGCCCUCAUGCUCGCCUCUACUCUGCCCUCAUGCUCGCCUGUACUCUGCCCUCAUGCUCGCCUCUACUCUGCCCUCAUGCUCGCCUCUACUCUGCCCUCAUGCUCGCUUGUAUUAUUUUCUCAUGCUCGCCUCUACUCUGCCCUCAUGCUCGCCUCUACUCUGCCCUCAUGCUCGCCUCUACUCUGCCCUCAUGCUCGCCUGUACUCUACCCUCAUGCUCGCCUGUACUCUGCCCUCAUGCUCGCCUGUACUCUGCCCUCAUGCUCGCCUCUACUCUGCCCUCAUGCUCGCCUCUACUCUGCCCUCAUGCUCGCCUCUACUCUGCGGCGCUCGCCUGUACUCUGCCCUCAUGCUCGCCUCUACUCUGCCCUCAUGCUCGCCUCUACUCUGCCCUCAUGCUCGCCUCUACUCUGCCCUCAUGCUCGCCUCUACUCUGCCCUCAUGCUCGCCUCUACUCUGCCCUCAUGCUCGCCUCUACUCUGCCCUCAUGCUCGCCUCUACUCUGCCCUCAUGCUCGCCUCUACUCUGCCCUCAUGCUCGCCUCUACUCUGCCCUCAUGCUCGCCUCUACUCUGCCCUCAUGCUCGCUUCUACUCUGCCCUCAUGCUCGCCUCUACUCUGCCCUCAUGCUCGCCUCUACUCUGCCCCCAUGCUCGCCUCUACUCUGCCCCCAUGCUCGCCUAUACUCUUCCCUCAUGCUCGCUUCUACUCUGCCCCCAUGCUCGCCUCUACUCUGCCCUCAUGCUCGCCUGUACUCUGCCCUCAUGCUCGCCUCUACUCUGCCCUCAUGCUCGCCUCUACUCUGCCCUCAUGCUCGCCUGUACUCUGCCCUCAUGCUCGCCUCUACUCUGCCCUCAUGCUCGUCUCUACUCUGCCCUCAUGCUCGCCUCUACUCUGCCUCCAUGCUCGCCUCUACUCUGCCCUCAUGCUCGCCUCUACUCUGCCCUCAUGCUCGCCUCUACUCUGCCCUCAUGCUCGCCUCUACUCUGCCCUCAUGCUCGCCUCUACUCUGCCCUCAUGCUUGCCUCUACUCUGCCCUCAUGCUCGCCUCUACUCUGCCCUCAUGCUCGCCUCUACUCUGCCCCCAUGCUCGCCUCUACUCUGCCCUCAUGCUCGCCUCUACUCUGCCCUCAUGCUCGUCUCUACUCUGGCCCUCAUGCUCGCCUCUACUCUGCCAUCAGAAGUGGGAGGGGCUGGAUGUGUGCGAGCAAUUCUCGCUGCAGCAGAUGCUAAGGGCCACCAACAACUGGUCGGAGGACAAUGUGCUGGGCAAGGGUGGAUUUGGCAUUGUAUACAAAGGCCGCUCUCCACAGGGCCAGCUGUGGGCCAUCAAGCGAUCCACCAUCAUGACCAACGACUUCGAAACGGAGGUGCGAGCCAUGGCCUCUCUCCACCACACACACCUCGUGCGCCUGCUGGGCUUUUGCCUGGACCAGAACGUGGAGACAGGCAAGCAGGAGCAGAUCCUCGUGUACGAUUUCAUAGGCAAUAGGGACAUGGAGUACCAUAUCCACAAGACCAAGCGUCCGCUGUCUCUACGCCAGAGGCUGCGCCUGGCACUGGGAGCAGCAGAGGGCUUGGCGUACCUGCACGGGUUUGACACGCCCAUCGUUCACCGCGACAUCAAGCCCGCCAACAUUCUUGUGACUGAAGACAUGCAAGCCAAGGUGGCUGACUUUGGGCUGCUCAAGCGCCUCACUCACGGCGAUGCUGAUGCCACGCGAGUUGCUGGCACUCCGGGCUAUGUGGAUCCGGAUUACAACCGCACCAAUGUCAUCACAGCCAAGAGUGACGUGUUCAGCUUUGGAGUCGUGCUUCUUGAGCUGCUGAGUGGAAAGUCGCCCCAAGCUAUGAAGCUGGUGGAGACAUAUGAGCUAGAAGAGCUGAGGGACAGCAAGAUGCCGGCGGCAAGUGAAGAGGCUAUAGUGGAACUUGCAGACCUGGCUCUGGACUGCAUCAAGUCUCCCGGCACACGGCGACCCACUAUGAAGGAUGUGGCAUACCGCCUCAGUGCCCUCAUUGCCAAGCACUGCCCCGACAAGGAGGACGAGUGGGAGAGUGUCACAAAAGAAGAGAGUGAAGGCAACGAGGGUAGUUCAUCUAGGGAUGCUUCUGCUGUGUCAUUUGGAGACAGUGGGAGGGAGGCUGAGAGGCCGCAUGGUUCACAGUCUGGCGUGAGUUCAUUUGUGCGCGUUGGCUCUAUAAGUGAUGGCCUCAAGAGCUGGCUGCACUCGAAGCCAACCAAAGGGCGUUAA